AUGGGUGAUCUGGCUCCGUCACCAACAUCCUCAAUCAUUGAUGUUGUUGGGCCAAGCCAUGCGACUCACCCGGAAUUGAAGUCAUACACAGCCCUGCCGGACUCACACUCCAUUCGUAUGCUUGUACUUGAGCCUGGAAGUCCAAUUGAUCCCUUGAGAGGAAGACUUGAAAUUGUGGACAUCAACUCGGCUGGGAGCUAUGAACCGGUCUCUUACGUUUGGGGCACCUCUAAGCUCGUAGACAAAAUCUACACUCGGCAUGGGAGUGAUGAUGGCCCAUUACGGUUGACUGCUAGCCUGAAAGAAGCGCUCGUACGGUUUCGCCUUCCAGACCAGGAGCGUCGACUUUGGGCGGAUCAGAUCUGCAUCAAUCAAUCUGACGUUGCUGAGCGCAGCCAACAAGUUCAAUUCAUGAAGCGAAUAUACGAGAAUGCGAGUCACGUUCUGGUUUGGCUUGGUGCAGAUGGUACUAGCCUAGCAAAACCGGCCUUUGAGCUAAUUCGUGAUCUCAAUCAAUUAUUCCAAAAUGAACUACAGAGAGGAGAAUUCUACACUGAGCACACAAAUAGGCUAGGGGAACAGUCAAGGGAUAAGUGGAAGGCCUUGGAUCACUUAGCAGAUUGCCCAUGGUUUACACGAGGCUGGAUAGUCCAAGAGAUCGGAACGAGAGCUUCCGCGACCUUGUUCUGGGGUGAUGAGGAAAUUGACUGGACGGUCCUUCAUACAGUGUGCGAGACACUCACAGCUUACCACCACCUCCGUACCCGACUAAAUAUCCGAACUUCGGAGAUCAAGUACGUGUUCAGACGCUUUGUCGAACCAGACAUGACAAGCCAUCACGCAAACCGUGUGAACUUUAUAUACGAGCUGCAAAGAGCACGCGGCCUGAAGUUCACCGAUCAUCGCGACCGCGUGUACGCCUGGCUCGGCCACUAUUCGAAGCCUUGGACCUUCAAAAGCUUUGCAGAAUUACUAACGGCCGACUACGAAAAGACUUUGGCUGAAGUCUACAUUGACGUGGCUAAAUUGGCGCUCAAGGCGGCGUUGAAAGAGAACAUUAACGACGGAUCUGGCUUGAUUGUACUCGCAGCUGUGCAACAUAUGCAUUUGAGACCUAGUGAGAUACCUAUGGAGGCUCGACUUCGAGACCGGCUUACUGAUAAGGACUCGUUGCCAUCCUGGGUUCCAGACUGGAGGACAUAUCAAAGCUUUAUACUUUCAGAGCCAAUCAACCCACACCGUGCUCAUGGCUCGACAACGCCGAUCCUAGCCUUUGAACAUAAUGACAGACUCCUUCGUAUCAGUGGAAUACGCAUAGAUGAAAUUGAGCUCUGCUCUCGACCCUUAGCAAUCAAAGAAUUCCAUUUAACAGAUUCUUCUGAGGCGACUGAGUCGACCAUCGAGUACAUAUGGCGCCACAUGUGUGGCAAAAACGAAUUCAAUCUGACUGGCCAGUAUCUCAGCAGCGAUGAGUCCUGCCUGUUUGCCUGCAUGCAAACAUUGAGUAAUGGCUGCGUCCAGAUCGCCACCCGGGAGAAAAUGCAAUACCAUUCGAUCCCCAAAUCUUAUUGGCUCGAGCAAGAGGCUUUGUACCUCGCAAAGGCGUUGGGUCAAUCGGACAAAAUAGCACCAGAACUGCAUCGAAUGGCAGAAAUGGCAAGAAGCGUACACAUGGAUGAGCAGUGGAGUCGCUCGGCUAAUGGCGCGUCAAAAAAUCGUGUUUUUGCGAAGACUCAGAAAGGCUUCUACGUGUUGGGCCCAAAGGUCGCAGAGCCAGGCGAUAUCGUGUGCGUUCUUUUUGGAGGAAAGCUGCCUUUCUGCCUCCGCCCUCUGGGAGAUCAAUACCUGCUGGUUGGCGAGUGCUAUGUGCAUGGACUGAUGAAUGGGGAAGCAAUGGAUAUGAUGAGUCGUCAGGAGCUGAUCGAAGAGGCGUUUGAUAUUGUUUGA